CUCGUCCCGUCUCGUCUCGUCUCGUUCCGCGUCGUGUCUGUCGGGUCGCGGCCAAUACAAGUUGAAAACUCGCGUCCGUCCGCUGCGUUGAAAUCAUUGAAACUGUCAAUCGCGCGAGUGUGGCUACAUCCGGGCAUCGUAGCUUUAAAGCUACCAAGAAGGUAUCUACCGAUGAUCGUCGAUCAAAUAUUUGACAUGUUUCGGUACACGGCAAACUCGCUCGACCCCGCUUGGAACGUCUCACAUGUACGCGUACUAUAGUACGAAACGUAAGCGCUUGAGGAAAAAGACUCGCCGGUCGUUUCACGAAUGACAACAGGCGCGCGUUCUACGCCGACAAAGUUCAACGACGUAUACGAAACGCUCCGAGUUUUCAGUUUUACUACCGGAAGUGCCACAAGUGUCGAAAGUACCGAAAAGUACUGACAGUGCCGGAAGUCCUGCUGAGCAAUUCUGCCGAGGUCGCGAGAAUUCGAAAAACGUAAAUCGUAACGCAGAAAGACGCGAGGACGGCCCCGUUAGUUUGCCAAUGUGUCGAUCCAUUACUCUAUGAUUUUUUUCUAUGCCAAAUGCAAUUGAGAUUCUGGAUUCGAAACCUGUUCCACACACGGACUACACUCCCGCUCGUUCCCCGAGUUCAAUGGCAUUCGCCACUUGGGCCACAGACAUUGUACAGACAUUUUUCUCAAGCGACGCAUAUACGCGAGGACAAAAGGAAUAAGGAGAAACGCAGUACGGGUAAUUUUUCACGGCGACUAUAUAAGAACGUUGUCACGAUGUAAUCUCAGGAUGAGCGCAAACGCAUCGAGCGGAUAAACGCGCGCGAGCCAGGCAAAAGGGGAUACAAAGGGAUCGAGGAAGGAGGAAAGCGAUGGUGGUGGAGUGGCUAUGCCCUGGACUCAGGCCGACCAGGAGCAACAGGCCUCGUCUUUUGCACUGUAAAGUGAUACUUCUGGACGAGCACGAAUUGUUGCAAGAUGUCUUGAGCUCGAACCUAGGUCAAGAAUUGUUGGAUCGAGUGUUCAAGCAUCUUAAUUUAUUGGAAACUUCUUAUUUUGGAUUACGCUAUCUUGAUCACGGAAAUCAGACGCAAUGGCUCGAUCAAAGCAAAAAGCUCGGAAAGCAAUUGAAGGUUCAUAAAGGAGAUCCUGGAUCAGAUGUUCACACUCUGUAUUUUGGUGUUAAAUUUUACGCGGCAGAUCCAUGUAAACUCAUCGAAGAGAUUACCAGAUACCAAUUUUUCCUACAAAUCAAGCAAGAUAUUUUGCAAGGAAGAUUGCCCGUAUCCUUUGAUUUAGUUGCGGAAUUGGGAGCCUACGUUGUUCAAUCGGAACUUGGUGAUUAUGAUCCUAGACGACACUCUCCUGGAUAUGUCACGGAAUUUCGAUUCCUCGCCAAUCAGACUACGGAACUGGAGAAUCGUAUAGUAGAAAUCCAUAAAACUCUCAUAGGACAGUUACCUUCAGCUGCAGAAUUAAAUUAUCUGGAUAAAGUAAAGUGGUUGGAAAUGUAUGGGGUAGAUUUGCACCCAGUGUUGGGCGAGGAUAGCGUGGAAUAUUUUUUGGGCCUAACACCGAGCGGAAUAAUAUUGCUACGCAACAAAACCAAAGUAGGAAAUUAUUAUUGGCCUCGAAUUAAUAAAAUCUACUACAAGGGUAGAUACUUCAUGCUGAGGGUGAGUGAAAAAAAUUCAGAGGAGAGAACACAUGGUUUCGAGACACCAUCAAAAGGAGCCUGCCGUCAUCUCUGGAAAUGUUGCUUGGAGCACCAAGCAUUUUUCCGAUUAAUGGCAACCGGUCCACCGCCUUUGAGUCCAUAUUCUCGUUUUCAUUCAUACAGUCCUCCGUCCACUUUGGAGAAACACACAGCUAUUAGACGAAAUCCUCCGCCGUUUCAGAGGACCCCCAGUCGGAGGGCACAAAGACGAGUUGUCGAAGGUCAAGAAAUGGUCGGUUCAUUCAUCGAAACACCCGUCACCGUAAUCACGAAUUCAGGUUGCAAUCCAUCCGGCAAUGUUCCGUGCAAUACGCAAAGACAGAUGAACACCUCGAGUCCGAGAAGCACGAGAAGUGCACCGUGGACGCAAAGUCAACCCCGUGGUCUUUACACCUCGUCUAGUCCUCGCUCCGUUCGCUCCGCGGGAACAGCGCCGGCACUCUUAAGUAGACUUCAACGUCGCAGCAGCUCAGUAGAGAGUCAAAGCUCAGGGGAUAGUCAUAGUCGCGGCGGUCACCGUAGACGAAGUCAUAGUCAUAGUCAUCGUCGACACAGCAGACAUUCCGACUGUGAAUCUGAACUCUCCAGAUGUUCAGACACGAGAUCCGGCCACCGGAAACACCGUAGAAAACAUAGGAAUUCCCGUUCUUCUAGACACGAAUUGGUAGAUUCAGAGCCACAAUGGAGAGAAGCGCAGAAACGAAAAGGGGAAGGCGUGCAAAAAGCUAUCGUAAGUCACACAGAGCCUAGAAGAAGACAUAGAAGCAGACAUCGAAGUCCUUCCCAAAAACAGUCACUGCCGGAUGAACUUCGAAAACACUUGGAAUUUGGCCUAGUCGAUACUAGUGGGAUGAGUGAGCAGCAACGUCGAGAGAUAUCCUACACGGUGGUGCAGUCGCAGCCUGUACAACAAUCUCCUUUACAACCUAACAAUUCUCGAUUAGACGACACAGAUUCACCGUCCCUACCUAGAACUGUCGGAUCCAUUGGCAAAAGAGAAAGAAGAAUCGUGCGGCAUAAUCGUGAUGGAAGUGCUUAUAACUUGCUGUCCGCAACAUCCAAUCGAGUCGAGGCAAAAUCUCCCGGAGUUCGAAACGAAUAUAACAUCAAGAGGGAUUUUUAUUAUACUCGUAACAACAGAGUGUCAAUAGGCAAUAAUACGGACAGUGGUCUCGGGGAGAGUACACCGCAGGACUUUUCAAGCUGCCGCUCAAGUUCUACAGACAGCAAUAAACCUAUUCACUUAACACAAUUGCAAUUAGGGGGAGAGGUACUCUAUGAACUGCCUUCAAAUCAAGAAAUCUAUCCUCCUGUUGACACUACUUUGGAUGUUGUUCUUCAACCCAUUAUAUCAACUUUAACAAGGAGGCAGCGAAACCAGCCGAAAUAAUUAACAAACUUUAAUAAAACAAAAUAAAACAGUUUAACAUUUA